UGGAUUUGUCCAUAAUGCUACGAUUUCAGGUUAAAGAGGAAAUAUUAUAUCUGAAAUCAACCCACUUUACAGUCCAUUAGACGGUUAAUUUUCUAUGCGAUAGCUCCAUCAAACUACCACUAUACAGUCCCUUCUUCUCGCUCCGGAAACCAUGUCUCUCCAGACCCCCCUUUGCUCAUUGCUGAAGAUUCAGCACCCAGUCCUGCUGGCAGGCAUGGCUCGUGCGUCCGGAGCACCUCUUGCCGCCGCAGUCUCCAACGCAGGCGGCCUAGGAACAGUCGGCGGGCUAGGCUAUACCCCCGAACAACUCUCCGAGAUCCUAACCGAACUAAAAUCACUUCUCAAAGACCCUUCGCUACCAUUUGGCGUUGAUUUGGCCUUGCCGCAGGUCGGCGGAGGAGCACGGGCCACAAACCAUGACUACACCCACGGGCAGCUGGACCAGCUCAUCGAUGUGGUUAUCUCGCACGGAGCCAAGCUGUUCGUCUGUGCAGUUGGUGUGCCGCCGGAGCACGUCAUUAAGCGGCUCCAUGACGCAGGCAUCCUGAUCAUGAACAUGGUCGGGGCACCCAAGCACGCUGAAAAGGCGUUCAAGCUGGGCGUGGAUAUUGUUUGUGCGCAAGGAGGUGAGGGAGGUGGCCAUACGGGCGAUAUUCCGUUUUCAGUGCUCGUACCGGCGGUGGUGGAUGUGGCGAAGCAGUAUAAGAGCCCGUUGACGGGACAGCCCGCGUUGGUUGUUGCUGCAGGUGGUGUCAAUGAUGGCCGGAGUUUGGCUGCGGCAUUGAUGCUGGGCGCCGCAGGUGUCUGGGUGGGAACUAGGUUUGUUGCUUCGGAGGAAAGUGGUGCGAGUCGCUUGCAUAAGGAGGCUGUUGUUGGUGCGCAGUAUGGAGAGACCAAACGGACGCUAGUCAUAUCUGGGAGGCCGCUGCGCAUGCUUCCUAAUGAAUACAUUAAGGAAUGGGAAAAGCGCCCCGAAGACAUUGCUAGAUUGACGGCCCAAGGUAUCGUGCCUAUUGAGCAUGACUUCAAGAAUGAUAAGGAUGUCGAUGUGCCGUUUUUGAUGGGCGAUGUUUCGGCCAUUAUUCAGGAGAUCAAACCUGCUGGUGUGAUUGUCCGGGAGAUGGUUCAGCAGGCUGUGGAUAUGCUGAAGAAAGGAGGUUCCUAUAUUAACGGUCCGCCGAGUAGACUUUGAUUGAGGCACCGAGUGUGCUUUAUCUUUUCCAUGGUUGCUGGUAUAUGUGACAUGAUAUUGGUAUUGC